UGCUGGUCAAUGGAGAGUGAUAUGGUGACAGUAGGAGCAUUCGGGAGAAAAGUGGGUCUGUCCUCACAUGUAGAGUAUCUUUGGUGAAAUUAUUUUACAACUGAAAACAUGAAAAUCUAUCUGAAGUUUCUCCUUUACUUGCCAGUUUUAUGCUGUGAUGCAAAAAUGAGCAAAUUUGGAGCGCACGGAUAUGAAGGUGGAGCUUUAGACAUUGAGUGUUCAUAUCCAGAUGGAUAUCAAUAUAAACCCAAAUACUUGUGUCGCCAUCCCUGUUCCAACAGUGACAUUCUCAUCAGAAGUGUGAAGGGUGAAGCAUUUGUCCCAGUAGGAAGAUUUUCAGUGUAUGACAAUGUCCAUGGAUGUACUUUCAUUGUCACCAUCCAAAACCUGGAAUUACAGGACUCUGGACAUUAUUAUUGUGGACUUGAUAAGUGGGGAAGAGAUGUUUUAACAAAAGUAGAGAUCUCUGUGAGUAAAGCUCCAUUGGUCACUUCACUGUCUACACCUGCCCCUGUGAUUGACAGGAAGGACAUCACUGAAACUAACAGAUAUGUUUCCUCAGAGGUCCCCACCUUUACACAGGUGCCAUACAAAAAGUUACCUGUUGCAGAUUGUGAUGUCACACCUCCAACAACCUCAACUAUUCGGAUUGGCAGCCCAGGCUUUGUACGUGUCCACGUUGUUGUGGGAGCUGUCCUUGGACUAUUGAUGUGUUGCACUGUGGUUGCACUUGGUCUACUCCUCAGAAAACAAUCAAUGUCACGCUCACUGACAUUUCCAUCAUCUGAAGUAUCAAAUCCUGUAGAUAUUGCACAGGAUGAAGAGGACACUUGUCAUGUGUAUGAUGAGAUAAUUAUGUACAGCUCCAACAGUGACUUGUACUGCACCAUUAGGUUUUGUGAAACCCCACCGGAAAUAGAAGACAAUGCUCUCUACUCCCUCCUGACACUAAAUUAACAAAGACCUCAGUGAGGGUCACAAGUCUCUAAUCAACAGAGGGCAUUCUCACAACACUGCCAACACAUUGAUGGUGGAUGUGCAGUAUCAUUAUUGCUAUUGUGUGUGUGUGUGUGUGUGUGUGUGUGUGUGUGUGUGUGUGUGUGUGUGUGUGUGUGUGUGUGUGUGUGUGUGUGUGUGUGUGUGUGUGUGUGUGUGUGUGUGUGUGUGUGUGUGUGUGUGUGUGUGUGGUUUACAGUUGAAGAUUGUCUGAUGUUUUCACUGUUUCCCUGCAUCUGUUUCCUCUGAUACAGUGCCUAGUGAAAAUA